GAGGGUUUAAAACCACACUCUCACACACACUCGCACACUCUCACACACACACACUCUCACACUCACACGGCUGACCCGAUCCUGCUGUUCUGCUCCACACACUCACACACUCACAGAUUAGAGCUGGAGUGUAACUGCAAGAGGAGAAACACAACCUGCUCCAGAACACACACACACUCAUACACACACACACACACACACAUACUCACACACACACACUGCUCUGAGAUCAAAGGCUUUACAACUUUAACUUUAAACGAAUAGUUUUAAUUUUUUUUCCCCACUUUGGGAAAGUGUGUGUGUGUGUGUGUGAAGGAGGAAAGGAAUUUACUUCACCACUUGGACUUUGAGACUUGGACUGGGCGACUCAGAGGUUAGAGAUGGGAAGGUGGGCGUGGCACCUUAAUGGGCUGUUUCUCUUUCUCACCCUGAUUGGUCAUCAUAAUGUCAACGCUAAUCGUUGUGUAGCGAGUAAAGCCACCAGCUGUUCCGCCUGCGUGCAGAUCGGGUUCGGCUGCGCAUACUGUCCUGAUGAGGUGUUUGGGUUUGAUCGCUGCGAUCUUCUGGAAAAUCUGAAAAGUCACGGCUGUGCUAAAGCUAUCAGCGUGCAGAGCUCCAUGACCAGGUUGGAGAACAUAAAGACUGAUAAGAACAUGAAGCACUCGUGGGUGGCUCCUCAGCAGAUGAAGAUGACGCUGUUACCUGGUGAGGAGCGAGAGGUGGAGAUGGAGGUGUUCGAGCCGGCGCGUGGUCCACUGGACCUCUACAUCCUCAUGGACUUCUCCAACUCCAUGUCUGACGAUCUGGACAACCUCAAGAAGAUGGGGGACAAGCUCGCCGAGUUGGUUGGGACGCUCUCUGAUGAUUACACAAUAGGAUUCGGCAAAUUCGUUGAUAAAGUCACUGAACCACAGACAGACAUGAGACCAUCAAAGCUGAAGGAGCCGUGGACGAACAGUGACUCGCCCUUCUCCUUCAAGCACGUCAUCACUCUCACCAGUAACAUCACCACCUUCAGACAGAUCCUGCAGAAGGAGAGAAUAUCUGGCAACCUGGACGCUCCUGAGGGGGGAUUCGACGCCAUCCUGCAGGCCACCGUCUGUCAGUCUCAGAUCGGGUGGAGGGAGCACAGCACGCACCUCCUAGUCUUCUCCACCGAGUCUGCUUUUCAUUACGAAGGCGACGGAAUAAACGUGUUGGCGGGAAUUCUGCCGCGGAACGACGAGGCGUGUCACCUGGACAGUACGGGUCAGUACACACACGACAAGCAGCAGGAUUACCCAUCAGUCCCCACGCUGGUGCGGGUGCUUGUCCAGAACAACAUCAUCCCCAUCUUCGCCGUCACCAACCACUCGCUCUCCUACUAUGAGAAACUGCAUCAGUAUUUCCCCAUCGCUGAGCUCGGAGUGCUGACAGACGAUUCCUCAAACAUCCUCAACAUCAUCAAGAGCUCCUUCGAUAGUAUCCGAUCAAAGAUCGUCAUCCAGGCUGAGAACAAACCCAAAGCCAUCGGAGCUCAAGUCUUCUCCGCGUCCUCCAGAGAGGAGUCCAAACACGGAAACUUCAACAUCCAGCCGGGAGAAAUCGGUAAGUUUAAAGUUCUUCUCAACGCUAAGACGAGUGUGAACGACAAGCCUGUGUGCAGCCUGAACACCAACGAGCGCGAGGGAAUGAUCAGGGUCAAACCCACCACGUUUAGCUCCGCCCUCCAGAUACAAACCUCCGUCCUGUGUAAAACCUGCGACUGUGAGCUGAACCCGACACCUAAGGCGUCGCGGUGCAGCGGGAACGGAGACCUGGUGUGUGGAACGUGCCGCUGCUACGACAAAUGGCUCGGCCCGUUCUGUAACUGCUCGUCCCAGGUGUCCUCGGGGGCGAACGAGUGCAAGGAGCCGGGGACGGAGGAGCCGUGUAACGGGAGAGGAGACUGUCUGUGUGGGACGUGUCUCUGUUACAACCCCAACCAGUACGAGGGACAGUACUGUCAGUACGACAGGUCACAGUGUCACCGCUCAGGGGGGUUCCUCUGUAACGAUCGAGGCCGGUGCUAUAUGGGAAAGUGUGCGUGUGAUGAGGGAUGGACAGGAGACGCUUGUGAGUGUCCUCUUAGCAAUGCAACCUGCCUGGACAACAAAGGGGGUUUGUGUAACGGUCACGGUGUGUGUAAAUGUGGACGCUGUGAGUGUACGUACUCCGAACUGGAGCUGGGAGCAGCGUGUGAACCAAACUUCCAGGCUCAGUUGGGGAUGUGUGAGAGCAGGAGGAGCUGUGCACAGUGUCAGGCCUGGAAGACCGGAGAGAUGAAAGGAGAGAAGUGUAAGAGCUGUCCCUUCACCAUCAAGAUGGUGGAUGAGCUGAAGGACAGAGAUAAAGUGAUCGAGACGUGUGAGUAUCGUGAUGAAGAAGAUGACUGUACGUAUUACUACACCGUGAAUUAUCCUGCAAAUCCCACUGAUAAGGAGCACGAGGUGGAGGUGCUCAAGAAGAAAGAUUGCCCUCCAGGAGGAUUUCUCUGGUUGAUUCCUCUCAUCAUGUUCCUGAUGCUGUUGUUGGGUCUCUUACUGCUCUGCUGCUGGAAAUACUGCGCAUGCUGCAAGGCGUGUCUGGCUCGGCUGUGUGUGUGCAGCCCGUGCUGUGCCAUGGGUCGUAUGGUGGGAUUUAAAGAAGAUCACUACAUGCUGCGUCAGUCCUUACUGAGCUCGGACCACCUGGACACGCCGAUGGUUCGGACCGGGCCGCCCAAGAGCACGGACGUGGUGCGCUGGAAAGUGAAGGACAACGUGCACCGCGCACCGAACCACCCUCAGAACCAGAUCCAACCCAACCCCAAAGAAAUCAUCGACUUCCCUCUCUCACUGCGGCUCCACAGACCGUUUUCUGAUGAACUUUCGCGUCCUGAAUCUCGCAACACUGAGGUCCUCAGACAGGAAGUGGAGGAGAAUCUUAAUAACGUUUUCAGGCAAAUUCCCGGCACUCACUCGGUGCAGAAAACCAGAUUCAGGAUUCAGAGAAAUGCAGGAAAGAGGCAGAACAACACAAUCGUGGACACUGUCCUCUCAGCUCCUCGCUCCACCUACAGAGACAUUGCUAACCUGACCGAUAAACAGGUGCAGGCUGGGAACUUCAGCAACAUGAGAGUAGUUCCUGGAUACUACACCGUGGCCACGGACAGAGAGGCGACAGGGGCCGUGGAGCUGCAGGAGGGCGUGGAGUCUGUGGACGUUCGGGUUCCACUCUUCAUCAAAGAUGAGGAUGAUGAUAAGAAACAGCUGCUGGUGGAGGCCAUCGACGUUCCGGAGGGAAUCGCCACCAUUGGAAAACGUUACGUCAACAUCACAGUGAUUAAAGAACAUGCUAAGAGCAUUCUGACCUUCCUUCAGCCCUCAUACACCUUCGCUCGGCAAGACGGUGUAGCUAACAUCCCGAUUAGCCGCGACAUUAUUGAGGACGGUCGCACUCAGGUUACCUACAGCACGCGUGACCUCACCGCCAAGGACAAGAAGGACUACAUCUCAGUGGAUGGAGAACUGACGUACCUGCCUGGAGAAACACAGAAGAACGUUCCUGUGAAGCUGAUGGAGCUCGGGGAAGGAGACACCCUGUUGGAAAAACAGCCCAAACAGUUUGUGAUGGAUCUGAGUAACCCGCGUCAGGGCGCUAAACUCGGGAAAUACCCACGGACCACCAUCAACAUCGCUGACAAGCCAGAUCCCAGUGUGAUCAUGUUCAAGAACAGCACUCAGAACUUCAACAUAUCUGAUGCGCUCUACACCGUCCCUGUGAUUCGCACCCAGGGGCUGGAAAAUCCUUCUACUGUUAACUGGCGCACCGUGAACUCCCCCCGCAUCCACCACUCCGGCCUGGUCAAGUUCGCCCCGGGAGAGAUGGAAAAGAACAUUGUGAUCGACUCUCGUACACAGCAGAUUUCCUCCAAACCAGAAAGCUUCCAGCUGGAGCUGUAUGAGCCGAGCACUAAUAGCCUCGUCCGAGACAGGAAGACCACCUUGGUCAACAUCGUUGAUCCCAGAGGAGAUAACAUCUCUAAAAUGUCAACUGUUCCAAAUAAAGCCUCAUCUCCCACUGGACGAAUCUCUGCUCCAACUAACAUUGAAGCUACAGCUACAGGGCCCAAAAAGAUCAGCCUUAACUGGAACCCUCAGUCUGGAGCCAAAGGUUAUAAGGUAAAGUACUGGAUCUAUGGAGACCCUGAAGCAGACGCUCAGGUGAUGGACGUUAAAAACACUCAUGCUGAACUGACGAAUCUCUACCCGUACUGCGAUUAUGAGAUGCGUGUGUGUUCAUACAAUGCUCAGGGAGAUGGGGACUACAGUGACAUCGUGCAGUGCCAGACUCUUGAGGAUGUCCCAAGUGAACCAGGUCGCCUGGCUUUCAAUGUCAUUGGUCCAACUGUCACUCAGCUGAGUUGGGCAGAACCAGCAGAGCCCAACGGUGUGAUCACGGCGUAUGAGGUUGUCUACACACCCAUCAAUGAGGACAGCAAACCCAUUGGACCUGAUAAGAAGGUGAAGAUUGACAACCCCAAGAAGCGCAUGCUGCUUAUUGAGAAUCUGCAGCCCUCACAGACUUACUGCUACAAAGUGCGCGCUAGCAACAAGGUGGGAUGGGGACCGUACAGAGACGCCACCAUCAAUCUGGCAACACAACCUCACAGACCCAUGUCCAUUCCCAUUAUUCCUGACAUUCCCAUUGUGGAUGCAGAGGCAGGAGAUGAGUAUGACAGCUUUCUCAUGUACAGUAAUGAAGUUCUUCGUUCUCCCACCGCCAGCACCAGACCCAGCGUGUCUGAGUACUCUGAAGACCAGGUCAUAAAUGGAAAGUGGGAUCAAGGGUUCUUGUUCCCAGGUGGAAGUGGCUCCUUGUCACGCAACAUCAGCACUUCUUCAACCAGCUAUAGCCUCUCACCUCGCCCGGGUGGGGCCAACCAGUCAAUGGAGUCCACUAUGACUUACAUAACCAGCAAAGGAGGAUCUAUGCCUCGCAGGCAUGACAUCCAGAUGGAGGACGUGAUCUUGAGAAAACGGUCCGAAAACAGAACUUAUUAUGAUAACGACGGUGUGAGAGACUCCAUCGUGAUGAGUGACUUGACUGGAGGAUUCUCUGACAUUCUGAGCGGUUCUAGCUUCAGCCAGACUACAACUACCGGUUACAGCCUCAACUCCCACGUUCACAAUCGCUCAGAUGACAUCAGUGAAGCUCUGCAGAACCUGGACAGGGUUCUCCAGGACACCCGGCUGCCACGUGGGGUCCCUGAAACCCCAAGCAGGCUGGUGUUUUCAGCUCUGGGCCCCACAGCACUGAAGGUCAGCUGGCAGGAACCCCACUGUGAAAAGCCAAUAUUAGGAUACUGUGUGCUCUACCAGCUUCUCAGUGGAGGUGAAAUGAAGCGCAUGGACAUCACUAACCCAGCGCAGAACUCCGUGGUGGUUCAGGAGCUUCUGCCCAACCAGUCCUACCUGUUCAAGGUGAAAGCUCAAAGUCAGGAAGGCUGGGGUCCUGAGAGAGAGGGAGUCAUCACUAUCGAGUCUGCUGUCGACCCCAAGAGCCCCCUCAGCCCUGUGCCAGGUUCUUCAUUCACGCUGAGCACACCCAGUGCUCCAGGUCCACUGGUGUUCACCGCUUUAAGUCCAGAGACUCUCCAGCUCAGCUGGGAUAAACCACGAAAACCCAACGGCGAGAUCCUGGGCUAUGUGGUCACGUGUGAACAGCUGCAUGGUGGAGGAGACCAGCGCUCCUUCCAGCUCAGUGGGAACUCGGACACGUCUCUGACCGUUUCUGAUCUGAGCGAAAACGUGCCGUAUAAAUUUAAAGUCCAGGCUCAGACCACGCAGGGCUUCGGUCCGGAGAGAGAGGGCAUCAUCACCAUCGAGUCUCAGGAUGGCUCUAUGGGUCAGUACGGCAGUCAGUCUGUGAUGAGGAGAGAGGUGUUUAAUUUGCCAUCGCAGAGCACGUCACAGACAACACACACCAUGUUCACUGAACCCUUCAUCACCUCAGAUGGUAUGAUGAUGUCGAGCAGACAGGUCACUCAGCACACGGAGAUAAGCGGCAGUGUCACACGUCAGGUGGAGAUGGUGCAGAGAGGCGUGACGUCCACCGUCACCAAGAAACAAUAUUAUGAAGCCUGAACACGGAGAUGAUACGACCCUGGUGUGUUUAGUGUACACACACACACACACACACACACCACAGCCGUUAGUGUGUAAGCUGCAGAAGCCGUACGUGUGUGCGGGCGACGUGAAAAUUCUGCAGCAUUACACACACACACACACCGAACCAUGAACCGCGCGCUCAGGUGCUGUGAGAUCAUUCUCACCCAAACAGCACACAGAAUAAACAUUAAGUCAUCUUUAA